AUGUCAUUACAGGCAUUGUCAUUCAAUGAUGUGGCUGUGGACUUUUCCUCAGAGGAGUGGCAGUUAUUAGACCCUCUUCAGAAGAACCUCUACCGAGAUGUGAUGUUGGAAAAUUACAGCAAUCUAAUGUCAUUGGGUUAUCAAGCCACCAAGCCAGAAGUAGUUGGCCGGUUAGAAAAAGGAGAACAAGGGAUAGUAAAGAAGGAAUUUCCAAGUCAGUGCAGUCCAGGUGAGUGA